UCUUAGUUGUUCAUGCAUAAGUGAACAUGAAUACCAAUAGCCAAAUUAUUAACAGGUAAGAUGGCACUAUCAUGUUACUUCCCACAAUGCAUUGCAUUGCAUUGCAUUUUGUGUGUAUUUAAAUGUAAGAGUGGCUAAAUAACUUGUUUUUUGAAACUUUGACUGUAGAUACUAGUAAUAUCUAUUUUUUUAUUACAUACUCUCACAUUGGCAAACUGUGGGGGUAACAUCUCGUUAGAGAGAUUUAAUGAUUGUUCCAUAGACAGUAAAAGGAUUGUUCUCAUAAAGGGCAGGUUCCUACCGUCCUCCACAUGUAUUAUUCAAAGGUUCACUCCAGAUGGCUUCCACAUCAACUACACUAAACCCAAUACAGACUGAAGCUCCAUCACAUCAGUCAACAGAAAGCUAAUUUUCAUUUUCUUAAAGGAUUAUUUCACUGAAAUGACCCGGUCAUGCCAGUAUGGUCAUGAUUAUUCUAAUCUAUAGCUGAAAAUGCAUAGCACACCAACAUUAUUGCUCUAGAUGCAGAUGAACUAGCUUGUAAUCAAAGCAAUGUGCUAAAACCUUUUGCAUGGACAAACACCAUUUGCAUUUUCUUCAAAAAUGUGAACAAUUCACAGAACUGAUGGUUGCCAAGUUAUUGAUAUAUACUGGAUCUGCAAUUUUGCAAAUCAUGUCUACAAAAUCUCCCUCAGUCAGUUCACAUUAGCACCUACUACUCAGGAGAGGUAAAUAUUUUUACUGUGUUUUUGAUCAAAUAAAUGCAGCCAUGGUGAAUAUAAUAAACUGAUUUUAAAAAACAGCCCCAAACUUUUGAACAGCACUGUAUUUUAAAUUUUGUUUUUUACAGCACAUAUUUCCCCAGUGCUGGCUUUUGUCCUGGAUUUUUGGCUCCAUAAACAUUUUAAUUUUUUCCUGUCUGCUGCUUUUGGUUUCACAGCUCAGGAUGUGCUUUCAUCAGCCAAUCAGCUUUGUCAUGUGGCUCCAGAGUAUGCAAAAUAGAAGCAUUUCAUCUUGCUUCCAUUCUUUCUAUAAACUUCCAUCUCCCCUUCUCCUAAACAUGCCACAGGCUGUGUCACUUCCUUGUGCUGAUUCUGUGGUCUGCAUCUGUCCUCUGUGUCUCAUGAUCCCCACUGUUGAGCACUGAUUUACAGGCCUGUCAUUGUGUUGAAUGCUAUUGACUGCUGCAGAGUUCAGAUUGUCACUUGACUGCAGAAGCAUGAUCCCCACUUUAGGAGCAUUUUGCUAGUUGGAUUCUUAAGAAAUUGGAACCAACUCCAUUGCAUCAUUGACCUAUCAGAGGCCAGGAAGUAAUGUACAGCAUGAGGGUGAUUGAGAAGAGGAGGAGACUGAGGUGGCGUGUGUGUGUGUUUUUGUUAGAAGGCGGGGAGACAGCAAGAAAGAGGCAAUGAGAAAAAUCACUUUCUGUCUGUGUGAUAGUCAUCCCAAUCUUAUUAAGCUCUGCGUUCCUUUCCCGCUGUCCUCUCUGCAGCCUGAGUGAGUGAGAGUGUGUGUGCGAGUGUGUGUGUGUGUGUGUGCUGUAGCCAGAGGGAAGCUGCUGCUCUGCUGAUAGGAACCAGUAGGAAGGCCUGUUCUCUCACACACCACUGUGAAUUACUCUGCGUCUCUUCUUUCUCCUUUUAUUCCUCCUUUCUCUCGCUUUACUGCACUCCUUGAUCUCACUGUACCAGAUGAAAAUGUCAGGAGAGGCAGAAACUCGUUCAAACGGAUCGGAGCAAUCUGACCUGUCAGUGGCUCUUCAAGACUGCAUGGUGGCAUUGGAUCUGUUCCUGCGAAAUGAAUUUGAUGAGGCUUUGACCAGACUUAAGAGCAGGAAUAAAGACAGCAUGUAUCAUGCGCUUACGUAUGCCACAAUACUGGAAAUGCAGGCCAUGAUGACCUUCAACCCUGAGGACAUAUUGGCUGCAGGCAACACAAUGAAAGAGGCACAGGCCGUGUGUCAACGAUACCGUAAAAAGUCUUCCUUCAACAGCAAAAACGUUACAGAAGAGGAGCUCCACGCUGAAGUGUGCUAUGCCGAAUGCCUCCUCCAGAGGGCAGCACUCACCUUCCUGCAGGAUGAAAAUAUGAUUAGCUUCAUAAAGGGAGGAAUGAAAGUGAGAAACAGCUAUCAAAUAUACAAGGAGCUACAUACGGUCCUGAAGUCCUCAAGUUAUGUUCAAGGUGACAAUCAUGGUCAUUUUGAGGGAGGCGUUAAGCUUGGCGUGGGGGCCUUUAACCUGAUGCUGUCGUUAUUGCCAACACGGACUCUCAGGUUGUUGGAAUUUGUGGGCUUCUCUGGUAACAAAGAGUUUGGUCUUGAGCAGCUCCAGGAGGGCUCUGCUGAGCACACAUUUAGGUCUUUCCUGUGUAACAUGUUGUUGCUUUGCUAUCACACCUUCAUGAGCUUCAUUUUAGGCACUGGAGAGGGAGAUGUAGAAGAUGCAGAAAAACUGCUUCAGCCUUAUCUGAAAAAGUAUCCGAAGGGAUCCAUUUUCCUUUUCUUCGCUGGUCGAAUAGAGGAAAUUAAAGGAAAUCUGGAUGCUGCUAUCAAGCGUUUCGAGGAGUGUUGUGAAGCUCAGCAGCACUGGAAGCAGUUCCAUCACAUGUGUUACUGGGAACUGAUGUGGUGUUUCACCUAUAAAAGGCACUGGAAGAUGGCCUACUUCUACGCAGACCUGCUCAGCAAAGAGAACGCCUGGUCUAAGGCCACAUAUGCGUAUAUGAAAGCUGCUUACCUCAGCAUGCUGAGUCGUGAGGAAUGCCAGCCGUUCGGGGAGAAUGUGGUGACUUUGUUUAGGCAAGUUCCCAGUCUGAAGCAGAAAAUAGCUGGGAAGUCACUGCCCACAGAGAAGUUUGCCAUCAGAAAAGCUCGCCGUUAUAAUACAGAUAAUGCCAUUCCUCUUCCUGCACCUCCAUUGGAGAUGAUGUAUAUCUGGAACGGCUACACUGUGAUUGGGAAGCAAAAGGACCUGACAGAGGGCAUGCUGAAGACGCUGGACGAGGCCCAGCAGAUGCUUGAACAACAUCCAAGAACCGAGUUCACCACAGAUGAUCAGUGUGUGGUUAGUCUGCUUAAGGGGCUCUGUCUCAAACACUUGGGUUUCAAGGAAGAAGCUGAACAUUACUUCACCCUCGUCCUCUGCAAUGAGAGUCAGAUUAAAUAUGACCACUACCUGGUGCCCAAUGCUCUUCUGGAACAUGGUUUACUGUGUAUGGAGGAGGGCAGAAUAGACGAGGCCAUCAAACUUCUGGAGGCAGCCAAGCAAAAUUACAAAAACUACUCCAUGGAAUCACGGACACACUUCCGGAUCCAGGCAGCACUACAUAAGGCACGAGGCACAGCUGAGAACGGAGAAUGCUCACCCUCCAGCCCUUAACGGUUGGGGUCACCGCUGGGGUCACAGCAAGCUAAGAUCAGGCUUGACGUGGUUUGCCAUAUGCCAAGAGGUGGACUAAAGGGGCACACGACCAAUCAGACCCGAACUGAGCUUAUAGUGACAAAUCAUCUUCAUUGAAUGACGCAAACCGAGAUUAUACAGUACAUGGACAACAGCUGCAUGAAUAAUGUUACGUGAAGUGCAGUGCAAUUCACUAAAGACACCGAAGUGACAUCAUGCUGUUAUGAUGUCAUAUAAAUAACAUUGUGCUAUUAGAAUAUUGUAAAUGUACCAUUAUGAAUAAUAGUAAUAUAAUACAAGUUACAUCAGUCCAAUGAUAUUAUACUGGUACAUCAAGCUAAGAACAUUGUCACUCAGAACAAAAGUAAGGUCAUCUGUCAAUCAUUUUGGCUGCUUUCAAAGCUCUUGUUGGUAAUGCUCUCCACUAUUGGUCACCCUGUGACAUCAGUAGCCUAGAUAUGGCUGUGCGUUAUGGCUAAAUUUGAUUUGGAUUUAAAGCACAUGUGCACAAAUAAUAGCUUUCUUUUAAUCUUUGGAGUAUAAAUAGGUUAUGAGAUAAGCCUGUUGUUCAGAGGUGAUAUGAUGAACGUAAGUUUUGAUAUCAUGGGCUACUCUUUGGUUAGAGUACUGUGGCCUUGUCAAAUCUCAUGGACAGGAUUCUUGAUAUAAGCUUAAUUUUUAUCAUAUGACAUUAUCUUUGUGUUUCUGUGAACUGUACAUUAUUAGUCUGAUUUAGCAAUGUGUUAAAAAGAAAGAAAACAAGCAUAAAAGUCAAAAAAGGACUAUCAAAAUGUAAACUGGAAGUUUUGUGGGUUUAGUUUCUUUUUUAGUAUUUAUAGAAUGUUAUGGCGCCUUUCAAAAUUGUCCCGUUUUAAGUGGGCAGCUGAAUGUGUCUAUUAGAAAGGCAGUCUCCUUCAUGUGGACUUGGUCCAGAUCGUACUUGAGCUCAAACAAACAAGUCUUUUAGAUACAUGCAGGACAGGCUGGCAUGCUAGCUCCAGCCAACAUGAGGGAUGCAUUGACAACCACUACAGCCUUGCACUACAAAGAGAAAGAAAAUUUUAGCUGGUUCAGGACAGGGGAUUGUAUUUUUUUCAAUAUAUGAAUGCUACUUCAUGGAGCUUUUCCCUGUAGUGUGGAGUUCAAUCUACUAAACAAAGCUGCAGUGUAGUUUCAGAUUUCGUUCUAAUCAGACAGUCCUGCACUUCAAGGCUUGUGUGUUUUAUAGUAAUUUACCCCAGAUUAGUUUAAAUGUAUCCAUGGAUUUUUUGCUCGUCGGCAGUGUAAUCUGUAUAAUGAGAUCUAGUUCUACCAAAGUCACAUUUACAUAAAGCAAAAACAAUCAUCUGCUCAUGCUGUUUGCUCAGAAAUUUCACAGGCAAUUUAUAACAUGCUGUGUUUCAAAUGCGGCAAAACAGAAUGUAUGAAAAGGAGUGAUAUAUGGGUUUUUCAUUGUAAUGGCUUUUGUUUCUCCCUCUUUUAAAUUCUUCCUGAUUUAGAUUGAUUUUACAGGCUUUGUGCUAUAGAGGUCAGCAAAUCCUGUAUAUGGUGCAUGGCUACUUUAUAAACACGAUCCUGUAAAUACUGAACUUACAUUUUCUAAUUUAAAAUUAAAUGAUAUGAGACAGUCCACCCAAAAA